UUGUAUCCAGGCAUGGUGCUGUCAGUGUUCGUCGUCUUUCUGCUGACGGUCUUUUAUGAGUUGCUCAAAGUGUCGAGGGUAUGGCUGGGCAGUGGAUCUAAGUUUGCUCGGCAUCCAUCUGCAUACGCCGUCCCUACGUCCAGCCGCAGCGAGAGCACCUGUGUGCUAGAAAGCAGCCCCUCCGAGUCCUCCUUGACCACCAUCGAGCCAGCAACUCCACCUCUAAGCAACCGGAACAGCUGGCUGCUGCACGUCAUCCAGACCGUCCUCCACAUCUUGCAGGUGUCUCUGGGCUACAUGCUGAUGUUGUGCGUUAUGUCUUACAACACUUGGAUCUUUCUCGGGGUCAUUGUGGGCUCUGUCCUUGGUUACUUCAUCUCGUUCCCUCUCCUGGAUAAGAUGUGA